GAAUUCCCUUUGCGAAUUCUGGGCUCUUUACCUGCACAUUUACCUGCACACACGACAUCAAAUCCCUCCAUCUUCUUCCGAGCCUGUUUUGCAAGGCUCAUCAGAACCCUUGUGAAACGCAGGACUGUCACUCUUUAAUGUAGAAAAGUUGAUGUCUUAAUGUCUUGAUAUUUUGAUAUUUUGAUACUUAUCUUUCCCUUGCGUCUGGUUCGAUUUCUCAUUCUUUUCUGCCGCAUACACAACUUCGAUAUACACCGCACAAACCCCAAUGUGGUCAUUCGGAACUACUAUGACAAUGGCGAAAGAUAGCGAUCCUUCGCCGGCUUCUGCCACACAGGUUCAACAACCUGCUGAACCUGCUGAACCUGCUCAGCCUUCACAGCCUCUCCAACCCCCCCAGAACACGAUACCAUAUCCCCGGCCUCGACCGCCGAUACUAUCGCAACGCUCGCUCAAGCAACUAGGCCUAUUUUUCGCCGGCGCGGGCUUUCUUACACUCUCGACUAUGAUAACAAGACGGGCGGUAGUUAGAAAACACUUGGCGACGAUUCCCAAAUUCUAUCACCAGAGUCAUCAACAAGUUAACAAGAUGGAAUCCGAUGGCUCGUUAAUAGCCCUCGAGGCUCUAAAUCUUGCCACGCUCAAUGUCCUAGGAUUCGGUAUUAUGAUGACAGGUGGCCUAUCGUGGGCUUUUGAUAUCUCGAGCGUCGAUGAUUUAAGGAGUAUGGCAAGGGGACAUGUUGGACCCUCUGGCGGCCGAACCGAUGAAGAGGCUGAACGAGAAAUCGAAGAAUGGGUAGCGAAGGUGCUAGGAAGGAAAGAACAAAAAGAAGAUACCAAACAACCGCUCGAGAAGGGCGACUAACCGUGCUAAGUAAUUAAAGCCGGUAGAGGAAAGGUCUUGGUACUCAACCCAUACUUGGGGCUCAACACCAAGAACCAAUCUUAUAUAUUUCCGCUCCUCCCGCACGUCGAAACUCGAUACGGGAUCCUACUCCAAGCAAGCCACACACGUUAGCUUAUCUUCGAUACCAACAAUUGCGCCCAACGAAACGCACCGUGCCUGGAGUUAGGUAUUUGUUCAGCUAUAGGUGGCGCUCGCGGUCUUAGUAUUACGCAGUAUAUACUGAUGAAAACACCGGCCCAUCAAUCUGUUCUCUGUCUAACACUUGGCUUCCAAUCGUAUCCUCUCGUGUCUGGACAGAAUCCUACACAGCCUUCGACUGGGAAUAUGCCCGGUUGUAUUAGACU